GAAGWUUCAAACGUACAAAACGAUGACAUCYGAGCCGGUKACCACGCAGGUGUUCUCGACCAGGUCGGUGUCACCGGCGUCUCCGCUCCCACAGGUCUCCCCGGUGUCUCCGGUUUCACCGAUACAGUUGUCUUCGGUCUCUAAUGUGACUACGCUGCCGGUGACCGCGAUGAACGGCUCCUACGGGACAAUGAGGUACCUGGUUCCGGUGCAGCAGACCAUGCCCCAGCAGAACUACGUGUUCAUGCAGCAGCCCAUGAUGCAGCAGCCCAUGAUGCAGCAGGCCGUGGUGCAGCCCAUGGUGCAGCCGAUGGUGCAGCCGAUGUACCUGCAGACUCUGCCCCGUGUGAGCAACAGCAGCAGCCAUGGGACGGAAAUUAUCUAUCAGCAACAGCAGCAACAGAAUUUUAUUACUGAGACCGAUGCUCAAAGCAGCCAUUCCGUGUUCAGCCAGGCGUCCAGUCCCAACAAGAGUGAGGCAAGCCUGCUGGAGGUGGAGCAGGAGGACGACGUGAAAGUCGAAUUGGAAGUGAGCGAGGAUGAGGAGGAAGACGAGUACCAGUCUGGUUCUGCAGUGGUUGAAGAAGUAGAGAUUGUCAACAUCAUUCAGCAGAAAGCCCCGUCGGUGAAGCAGAAAUUCUCCAUGUCAGAGCAGAGGGAGACGCCAGAGCCAACAAAGCUGGACACGCGUUACUUUGGCGAACUGCUGGCAGAUGUCUACAGGAAGAACUGUGAUAUCCACUCCUACAUCUUCGAUAACGUGUCCAAGAUCCGCGGACAGAAACACACUCUGAAUCUCUCCAGUGAGCUAAAGGGGGAGACACAGGAGGUGGAGUCUCUAAUUCCCAAAGGAGCCAAUGAACUGACAAAGCAGCAGAUGCGCUACCUGCUGGAGACUCGUUUCACUGCAGAGAAGAGCAUGCGUCUGCUGCUCUCCACCUUCAGCAGCCUGAGAGAGGAGCUGAUGCAGAUGUCUGAGGACAUGCGGCAUCUGGAAAGCGAGAAGGAGUCUUUGGAAAGAGAUCUGGCUUUCAAAGCAGACCAGGCUCUGCAGUAUGAGUCCCUCAUAGAGAACGUCAGAGAGAGCAACAACAAGCUGCAGCUGUCCCUGAAGGAAGCCCAAGCGUCCCAGCGUUCCCUGGAGAGUCAGCUCUCCACUUGCCGAAGCAGCGACUCGGUCGGCAACUUCAAGAUCAAAGAGUUGGAAGGAAGAAUGAGAGGACUGGAGAAGGAGAACGAGAUGCUCAAACAGAGGCUGGCCGGACAAUCCAGCAACGGCAACCUGCACCUCAAAACAGAGGCGCUGGCUCAGCACUACAAGCAGGAGCUGGAGACCCUGAAAACGGAACGAGACAGAGAGAUAGAGAAACUGAGGUCUCAGAUAUCGAAGUUGCAGAUGCAGAUCACCACGACCACCACCACUACCACCAAAUCCUCAUCCGCAGAGAGCUCUCUCCAGCUGAAGAUCUCAGAGCUGCUGUCCAAGUUGGAGCAGCGGGAGAUCACCAUCAAGCAAAAAGAGGAGGAGAUCAGAAGACUGUUGAUGGAGAGGAACGACAGCUCCAAGAACGUCACCAAGACGAUUAUUACCAAGAGGUACAGGAACCAGUACCCGAUCCUUGGUCUGCUUAGCGACGACUACCAGGCCACUUCACCUGUUAAAGAGGCCAAAACCAUCGUCAUCGAGAGAACCGGAGAGAUGAUCAAACAGGAAUGAUUGAACGUGGAGAAGACCCUGAUGUCGCACCCCCUCCCCCCUGUGCAUGCUCCUCCCCCUCCCCUCAGGCCUCCCAGGAUUGGUGGUGGUUGAAACCCCUCCCUUUCUUCCCCCAUGCACUGAGAUCUGGUUCUUUGAUUCAGCCAAAUCCAGUUUGGUUGGGAUUAAAAUCUAGUUGGGCUUUCUUUGGCUUCUGUUAUGUUUUAUUUUCAACUUUUACCCAUGUAAAAGUUGCAUAAUGCCACUGUAAAUAUCCAUUGACCCACAUUUGGUUAAAAAAAAAGCAUGACUGGGAACUGGGUGACAUUUGGUUUGGAAUCUCUAAUCAGAAAGAAAUAAAAAGUCAGACGAAUUUAACACUGCAAGCAGUUUUUAUGUCAGGACAUACUUUUAGAAUUUUAGUACCAGAUAAAUAAGAGUUGCAACAAUUAAUCACUUCGUAAUGAGAAUUGUUCCAUUUUUGGGUUGUUUGGUCAGUUCCCUGAUGAAGAAUAAUAAUAAUAAAAAUCAGAUUUUAUAAUUGUAGCUCGCAUAACGUCUUUGAUGUGGUGGUUUUACUGAAUGAAGAAGAAAGUGAUAAAUUUAGAAGGUGUUUAAAGAAAGUGAGAGAAAGUGAAUGAAAUAGAAUUUUGCAUUCAUAAAUACAUUUGUUGGUUGAUGCUUAGUAGGUUGCAGGGUUUAUUUUUGUAAUUUAUAAGCCACCAUAUUUAAGUCCAACUCAAAAAUUUUUUUGAUGAGAAUAAUUUGCAGAAAGGAUCUGGUUCAUUACUAGACGGUGCCUUUAGGGUGUACAGAGAGGAGCCCUGCCCCACCCAGAAAUAAUCAUCUAAAAGGAAAAAAGUUACUUCUAUCAUUUAAUAAAGAAAUAUUUAAUUUCAUUUUCAUAAAAAAAAAAAAUAAAAAUAAAAAAGGUUAGACUCCUAUUGCACAUUUUGAAGGCGGUGAACAAAAAUAUAAACAGCUUUGGAUUUUCUGGUCUUAAUUUAGGAACUGAAAACACUAAUGUUACUUUGGAUCUAGAUAUUCUUUUGCUGUGUUAUUGAAACUUAUGCAGCAUAACAGUCUGUAUGCUGCAUAAGUUUGAAUAAAACUCCAGGAGGGUGCCUUGGAGUAAAGAUAACAAUAAAACUAUGUGGACUGAUUGACAAAUUCAUCCAUCUGGUGAAAAGGAGAAGGAUUUUCUUUAAGUGAAUGUCAGUGCUGAGAAAAAAAGAAAAACUAUUACUGGUUCUGUAACAUAGAAUCAACUGUGGUUUACACAGUUCAGGCACUCAAAUAUAUAAACUGACAAGAAAAAAAAUCAAUUUUUUGUUUGUAUCUUGGAUAAAACAAAAUGUUUUCCAGCCAAUUAAAGUGAGUUUUCCUCCCAAAUAUGGAGCAUCUUUUCGUUUUGAGUUGUUUACCUUACUGUUCUCUUUUGAAUCUGUAAACAAGUGUACAGUGUACAGAUGAUCAAUUAGGAGCGAUGUGCCAUGAGGUGGAUGUGGUAUAAAUAUAAUACUCAUUCUAUUUUAAUACAACAAAAGUUUUAAAAUGUCAAUUUUUUAAUAUUUUGAGAUGUUUACCAUUAAAACAGUUGCGCCUCAACAUCUUGCUCAUUCUGGUCAUACAGUUGAGCUAAGUAGCAAACCAAAGGGUCAACUCAGCUCCCAGUGGUCAAAAACGUAAAUGAGUCUCUCUUUAAGCCACCACUGCCAUGCUUUGCCCAGGGGACGAGGAAGUGGAUGCUUCGAUGCGAUUGCUUGCUGCAUGUAAAUAUUCACAUGUGUUUGUACGAUGAUGGGCAUGCUCAGUGAAUGUGUUGAUUGUGGAGCAUCCCAUCUUAAAUGUGGUUUUAAACGUAAAUGUUCUCAUGGGUGUUUUUCCUUUUGUUUUGUUCUGCGUGGUAGUUUAUUUAACCCUGUUUUAUGUUGAGGUUUUUAUGUGAGCCGAAGGUGCAUGGGUCCUCAUGCAGCUUCAACGUGUUCCGUGUUUGUCCAUCACUGUGGGGUCUGGGUGUGGAAUGUCCAGCAUCCAUGAGGGGGAACGAGACCCCAUGGAUGGGAACUAAUGAUGUGGGUGAAAGUUGGGAUAUGUGGAAAUGGAGCACAAUUUUUUUUUAGGGGGGUGGGGAGGGUUUAAAAUGGUGGAAGAAAGUAUUUUAAAGUACAAUAUUAUAUAAUCUGUAAACUAAUAUUUGCUGGUUUUCUAUGAUUAUGAUUUUAUGCGUUUUAUUUUUCUAAUUAAGCAUGUCAUGUUGAAGGCUUUGUGUCCACCAGGUGGCAGUCUCAUUCCUCUGCAGAUCUCUAUCAUACAGAUUGCAGCAUGAAACAUUACUGAAGCUGAUUCUGAAGGAAUAAUUUUCUCCUUUUAAUAAGCAUUCACUUCUGAUUUUUUUUUUCACGUUGUAUACAUAAUAAAGUGUCAAAACAAAGCUUUCCACACAAUCAGUCCCAGCAUUAAAGCAAAAUGUAGAACAUGGGCUGUAAUCCAUGUUUUCCAUCUCAUCUCCUGCUGUAUAAUUCUUAUUUCGUAGCUAAUGUCAACAAAUCUUCUGAACUAAAUUUAUUUUUAAAAUGUUCUAUUAAAACCUAUAUUUUUCAGUCCUUGCAUUUUCACAGCUUUUCAUUUCUAAACACAGUGGGCAUUAGAAAUACACAAAUUUCAUCAAACCUAAUUUUUGUUUGCUAGGUUUUGUUUUGCAGAUGCAUUUUCUAUGCUAUAAGCAUUUUAAUAUUUUAUUAUAUUUUUAUACAUCAUUAUGUGUCAGUUUUACCUAUUUUUAUUUAGUCUCAGUCAAAAAAGUGUAAAUACUGUAACUGUUGGUUGGAACGGAAUAACCUCAAAAUAUUUCUUGAGGGAUGAUAGAAAUAAUUCUACACUUGUGAAAUAGUUGAACACUAAAUAAUCCAAGUAAUGGACAGAAAGCAAAUACCAUUUCUGGUAUGAUGAUGGGCAUGCUUCUCAGAAGUCAGUUUGUUUAAUAUCAAUGAAAAAGAUUAAUACUUAAAUUUAAAAACUGAAAGAUUGUCACUGAAAUUACUAAUAAUUAAAUGAAUAGGACUAGAAAAUAAACAUUAAAAAUACAAAUAUCUAAACAGAAUAAAACCUAAGAAUCAGGAGCUCAUAGGAUUCUCAGAAACCUAAAGUAAAUACUUUAUUACCAACUUCUGAUUUGAAUAACUAACUUUAACCUGAAGUAGAAUGGGACAUUAGGAAAUUAAAUGUUUUCAGACCCACUUUUUAUUCACUCAACUUCUUGAGCCUCAAGACAAUUGACCUUUGUGCCUUGGAAUCUGCUUUGACUAGACCAGAGGCUGGGUUGAUCUGGAAAAAAAAUAACAUGGGCAGAAAUUUUAAUAUCUUUUCCUGGUUUGAAUAAAUAUGGGGGGGGGGGAGGAAUGAACAAAUGUCUUUCCAGACAACAUUAUUGCUUUUCGAAAUAUGGAAAUCAUUACUUUUAAAUUAAUUGUUUAAAAAAAACUGUCUUGUAUAUUAAAAACAGACAUUCAAGUGUCUGAUCAUGUAUUAAAACACUUACCUUUUCUACAAACAUUAAUAAAAGAGUUACUCAACGGACACAAAGCCUUUCAACAGAUUUGGACCUCAUGGGAAUUUAGUUCUGAAUGCGCUAGCCAUGUUAGUGCUAAUGUUAGGCUAGCAUUAAUGCGAGCCCUGAUUGGUGGAGAAAAUCUCAACAUAAUCAACACUUUCACUUUCAAGUGGGCUAACAGAAUAGUCCACUUCCAUGUUAUUACAGUAAUCUUUUAGAAGAUAAAAUCCUGGCUCUGAUUUUUUUUCUGCUUACUGUACGCUCAAGUAAGCUAGCUGUACGUAGUAUGCUAACAGAGUAGAUAUUUUCUUUUUUUUUUUUUUAAAGAGAACUAAGGCUGCAAGUUAGGCUAAGCCACUCUGUUCUCUCCACUGAGAAAUGUCACAGCUAAGAAGAGAUUAAUAAAAAUAAUAUAUCUUU